UGCCAAUAACAGAGGCGGAAGUGAAAGUAAAACUCGAGCGCUUCCUAGUUUAGAUCACAUCGGCGUCUCAGCGGAGCUGCGGACAUGACUUCUUUCCAGUUUAACGCCGCUUUACUGGAUAUAUCUACCCAGCUGUCGGCUAAGGAGCUGGAGGAUUUAAAGUUUCUGUGCAUAGACAUCAUCGGGAAAAGACAGCGGGAUGACGUCAAGACCGGAGUCAAACUGUUCCAGCUCCUGAUGGAGAGAGGCAAACUGGGAGCCGACAACACUAAGUGGCUGUCCGAUUCUCUCACGCACAUUAAUCGACACGACCUCUCAAACAAAUUGAACAAUUUUGAAAGCCAGUGUGAAAUCACCCACGACCAACCGGACGACGACGAGAAAGCCAAACUGGACAUUGCCACAGAUGUGAUUGCCGAGCAGCUGGGAAGGUCUUGGCGCAAACUGGGCCGUAAGCUGGGUUUGAAUGACGUGAAGCUGGACUCCAUCUCCAAGAGGCAUCCCACAGAGCUGGAGGAGACAACGAGGGAGCUGCUGAAGGAGUGGAGGAAGAGUCGAGGAGCCGAGGCCCGAACGGCGCAGCUGAUAGAAGCCCUGAGAGCCUGCCAGUUGAACCUGACCGCCGAUAAAGUGGAGGACCGACUCGCAUCCCGCUGAUACUGAUGGAAGCUUACAGAUAGGACUGAGAUACACUUUGGGAAU